AUUAUAUUAUCAGUUUAUAUUUUAAGUACCUACCAUCUUUCUUCUAAAAUUACUGUUUCACCAGCAAUAACUAAAGAAUCAGCUCUUAAAUUUUAUCUAUAAAUACAAAACGACAACAAAGAAAUUCAAAUUGUUUCCCAUAAAUUCACCAACUAGAUGAACAAGUGCUAAAUUGAGUGGAAGAACGUCCGUCCUGUUGCUGCCCCAGACCGAGACCGCGGCUGAGAUCACCUGUGAACGGUUCAAAACAACAUUGAGUGUUUGAAACAUUCUUGAACACUGACAGCACUUUGGAGAACCGCCUGCUCUGCAUAUUUAAGAAGAGGGUAAUUGUCAGCAAACUGCUGCAGGGAUAUUCAGUUUUGGCCCUGUGUCUGAGGAGAGAGACAGGGAGCAAAUGACCUGAAAUGCUUUGGAAAAUAAGCUCCGUGUAUGAACCUAGGCUUGUAUGCUUCAAACCAUAAGUUCCCACAAUGUUUGUGAAAUAAUAUUUAUAAGAAUCCAGAAAUGGAUACUUUAGUCUGAUAAAAAAAAAAAAAAGGACCUAUCUGCUCCUGCAUGUGAAGUUAGUGCAUAUGAAAAAUAUGACAGAAGACAUGAGUAGAUCAUUAUUUGCAUAUGGUUAUAAAAGGAUGUUUUCACUUGUGAAAUCUUAUGAGAAUCUUACGAGUAAUAAUCAUGGAUGGUAGAGAGAAUAUUCUUGAUCCUGAAGACUUGUCUGUGGUCCAUCCAGGAGAAUUGUCUCUGAGUAGUGGAGUGAUCUCUCUUCCCUCAGCAAACAGACUUGCAGAUCUCAGUCUUGCUUCAGAUAUCACUGAUUCAGAAGUUGAAAAUGAAGCAACAGUCCAAAUUUUUAGUGCAUGUGGUUAUGAAGAUCAUUCAAAUGACAGACAAUAUGAAAAAUAUGUAAAGGUUGUCAAUAGUUUUUCAAUGGAAUCUAGUAUGUUGCCUCAUUCACAGAGGUUGAGUGACUCACUGAAAAGUGAUCCAGACAUGAAUGAUAAGCUGAGUGAAGCUCCUUCACUGAUAACAAAAGAAAGAACUAGACAUGAUGGCAGUGUUCCUAAUGGAAAAUCAUUUAAGAUAGGCUCAAAUAUGAAUGUCAUUGAAGAUGAAAGGAUCACAGGCAUGCCAACUAUUUCCUUAGAUGAUGUCAGAACAGCACUGCAGCAGAACUGCAGCUUGCUUAAUGAUAGACACUUGCUGAAAGAUCUGUUGAAAUCUUUAGAUGACAAAAUUGAACAAGAGCCAACAGGUAAUGUGUCUAUUCGGCCUCAAUUCCCUGGUAACAAGCAACAAAUAACUUCUGAUCAGAAAAACUUUUUGGUCAGUAAUUUCAAAGAAAAUCCUAAAGAGUUGGUUUUCAAUCAGUCAGUCAUGUCUAGCCCCAAGAGUCUGUCAAUAAACUAUGUAUCAAAUGGUAAUAUUGAUAAUAGAAAUCGUAUGGUUGAUGGAGUAGAAGCUUUGGUGAAUUUACAAGUAGAGCCUCCUGAUGGUCCCAGAACCAGUGAGACACCACAGGAAAAUUUUCAUGUUGCCUUAUUCAACUCUAGUCUGGUUGAGCAAGAAGCUCUUCAGAAAUGUUCAGAUAAGCCAGCCACCCACUCAGAUCUUGGAAAACAUGUCAAAUUCCAGUCAACUACAACCACCACACAGGAUCCUCUAGUGCAGAUUGAAGGAAAGAAGUAUGGAGACAAGCUUGACUCUGGUGCUCAGCAGUCUCUUAAUGUUAUGAAAAAACUGGCAGGAUUGCGUUGGGGACUAAUGGGAUGGGAGGAUGUGAGCAACUCCCCUCCUACAGACAGCAGCAGCUCACUCACCUUCCUGUAUCACCUGCUUACCUCACUUCAGUCACUAAAGUUGGAAAAAAAGCAUCUGAAGGAAGAGCUGACAACAACCUUGAAGAAAUUCAAGGAUUUAAGUGAAGAGUCUAACACCAAACAGAACAUGUAUGAAAAGAGAGAAGCUCGUCUUAUUGAAGCUGACAGACAACUUGGGGAGUUACAGCAAGCUUGGGCAGCAGCUCAUGAGACUGGGCAGCAGGAAACUGCCAAGCUUAGAGCCAAAUGUCAUGUCCUCAAACAAGAAAAUGAUUUAUUAAGAAAGGAAGAUCAAUGCUUGAGAAAUGAUGUGAUGGAGCUGAAAUCCAUCACUCAGCAACAUGCACUGAUGAAGACUCAGAUGUUGGAGACUGAAGAGUUGUUAGCAGCAAGCAAGAAGAAAACAGCUGAAGUAUUAGAGGAAAAUAACAGAGUAAAUCUUUGCCUGGAAGAAAAUAAGAAAUACAUACAAGAGCUUGAAGAGAUGAAGAUUCCUCAGCUGCUAAAUGAGUUGGAAGAUGUGAAAGUCAGAGCUGGGAGAUUGGAAGAUUCCAAUAAGCGACUGUCUCAAGCCAAAGCUCAACUAGAGGAAGAUGCUCACAUGCUUCAGGAACAACAUAAAUUACUCCUUAAGAAGGUAGUUGAUGAACAAGAAAAUAAAGCAAUAACUGAGCAAAGAAAGACAGUUCUUGAAGAUGAAGUGAAGGACUUGUCAGAGAAGAUGAUAGCCAUGAAGACACAACUUCAUCUCCACUAUCAGGCUCAAGUGGAAGAUCUAGUGGCCAGAAAGUCUGCUGCUCUUCAGGAACAGCUGAAAACAUUAGAGUCAAGUCUACAAAAGAACUUUGAGGAACAGUUGAAGACACAGAUGGAGAAUCAUCAGAUUGCCUGUAAGAAGCUUCAAGAAAGAUAUGAAGAAAAAAUCAAGGAUAUGAAGUCUUCAUAUGAGAAGCAGCUGGAAAAAUUGCAUUGCGAAAUGAAAGAAGUAGAACAGGAAAACCAUCGUUUGCACCAACAGAAAAAGGGUGUUAUUUCUGCUGUAUCUUCUAUCUUGGGUUUGGAACACCAAACAAGUGUGAAUCCUUCAAGUUGUUGGAGCUUAACUGUUCCUGGUAGUAGCAGACAAGCAGGAGGCAGCAUUUCUUCCUUGGAUGAAGUGAAGGAUGGGUUCUUGAAGGCUGAAACCCACCCCACAAGGUGUACAACACAUGAAAGUGGGGAGAAUGUUGGGAAUAUGGCUGGCCUUCCAUUUCAUAGUUCAUCUUCAAGUGACACUGAAUCAACCAUGUUUCCUGAAGGAAAGCAGACAGUUAGACAUUUAGAUGGACACUCACUGUGUGCUUUACCUAGCAAUGGUAUGUCACCGAAUGGUUACCAUAAGAACCAUAGUAAGAAUUCUGUGUCUUCUCCAGUUAUUGAAUUUAAUCCUGAACAAGGGGCAUGUGAUGAAUGUCAGGCAUUUUCAGCUCUACAUAUGAAAACAAAUGCUCCUCAAACACAAGUAACUUCAUACUCUGCACACCUUGGAAUAGGAAAUUACAGUAGAAAUGGAAGUACUAGCUUGAAACUAAAUCUUGAUCAGAAUUGUAAAAAGCAAAAAAAAAUUGAUCACAAGAAAUCUUCGUUUCCACUGUUUACAUCAAAAAUAAAAAAAGCAUCAGAAAUAAUUCAAGCCACUGAGUUAACUGAUGAAGAUGUAAGUUAUCAAGAUGGAGAUGAAAUACUCUUUGGCUCAGAAGAGGAUGAAGAAAUGGCAAGAAUUUUCAAAGAAUUAAGAAUGCAGGUGAAUCAGAGUACACAAGGCCCCCAGAGUGAUGUCCCCACCCAUGACACAUCUCUUGACCAGGACCCAGCCUCUAUAACCUUACACAGACUGAGCCAAGUAUCAUCAGUACUGUCCCAAUAUGUUACUCAUUCUUAGUACUGAUGCUUCUCUGCAGUUAUUACUAGUAGGUGAGAAUCAAUUAUGGUUUUCAUGGGUGCACACACACACACACACACACACACUACUUUAUUUGCUUCAGUCUUAGCCAGAAGUGCUAGAAGAUCUGCUUCCUGAUGGAGUUGAUCCUCAUGGAGUUCUUUGUGGACCUAGUUACCUGUGAGCUUACAUAGACAUAACUUCUUGGUUAGGAUAUUAAUGUUUUAAAUUUAUAAAUGUGAUGAAUGAACUUCAUUUGUGAUAGCACUGAUUAAAAUUCAGUAGUCUUCUGCCACCAGAAUUCACACAUGAGUCACAGUUUAUACAUUUUCACUGGUUGAGGAAACUGUAUAUAAGCUUUUAUAAAUAAAAACUAGCUAAUCAGAAACUUUA